AUGGAGACUCCAUCACUGUUCUACACUUUGCAGCUGCCUGGUGAAACUCUGGUGAAAACUGCUCCUGAUAAUGCCGUGGAGGUGAAGCAAGAUCCAACGACCGUCGGUACCGUAUUUGUGCGUAUUAAUCGCACGCUUCGGAUUUACGAGCAAUCGCCGAAUGGUAAUUGGCUGGAAAAGCACCGUGUAGAGGAACUGUUCUCUGUCGGCGAUCAUGAUGUGAAUUAUCCAUGGGAUGUGUAUGGAGGUGGAUUGCUGGUGGUUCGCAAGACCGAAGGAAUCGUGGUCUACCGUUGGAGCGCGGCUAAGCUCCAGCAGUUGAUCGUAGCAGCAAAGUACAGUGACGUGUACGGCUACGCGGACCCGAACAGUACCCUGUUGAUUGGGAAGAUGUAUCCUUCGGAUUCGCAUAUCGGUGUUCUAACGCGACUUGGUUCUACCGUGGAAUUUCGUUCCAUCAACCCAACCGCAACCCGUAAGCCCGUGCGAUCGCUGCAAAAGCAACCCAAGCUGGAAGAUGAUUGGAUAAAACCAUCCUCUACCAUAUCGCUGGUGGAAAACUACGACGGCAAAGGACCGCUGGCGAUUGCUUUGCGUACCACGACCGUACUGAAACUGUUUCGCUUCAACGACAAGUAUGGGUUGGAAAAGUUAACCACCAUCAAGGACACUCGCGCACCCGAUAACGACUUCGAUAAGAUUAUGUUUGUGAAGUUUGACAACGCGACCGUACACGAUAUGCUGCACUUUUCCGGCCAAGGUUUGACGAUGUACCGGCGCAACGAAGCAAAUCAGCUCUUUGAGAAGGUAUUCUACUCGACGGUGUUUUCGAAAUACCGAGGAUGGACCAGGCGAACAAUCGAGACGAUUGCAACGGUUGACUUCAAUGGCGAUGGCUUGGAUGAGCUGCUUUGCUCCGGACCGAAGGGAUUAAGUUUGUUUCAACCGACAUUCACCGACGAAGGAUUUGACCUGGUUAACGUGUUCGAUGAGAUGCUUGGAGAUCGUGAUAUUCGAUAUGGGUUGCCGCGAUUGGUACCAAGAGUUGCCGCAUCCAGUAGAAAUGCAAACAGCAUCUUGCUGUUCACCGGUGGUAGUUUGAUUAACGUGCGAACAAAACUAUUCACACCGCAAUCGAACGGUGUUGUACGAGUUGAUCCGGAACCGGAGAAGGCCCAACCGACUGGUGGUACGGUGAUCGUCCCGCAGAGCAACUAUAUCGUUUGGUUACACGAUCAGUUGGAUAUGAACGCGCUUUUGCAACCGCUUAAUCCGCAUACAGGGACUGUAGAUUUGAGCAUCCCAUUAAUAGAACUACCGAAUGAGUUUGGUGUAAGCGUUCGAAAAAUGUUCCAAUAUAAAAACAUCCCGUACCAGAGUUGCCUUGGGCGGGGAUGGUCCUUACCGCUGGAUUAUAUCGCCGUAGAGCGUAAAAAUAGUGCUUUUGCGCAGGACCACGAUUACGCGAUUCUAAAGAAUAACCAACGCAUCCUUCUUAAACCGGUCCCACACUGGGAUUCGAUUUAUCACCGGGCAUUCGUCAUCGAGGGGUAUAAGCAAGCAACGAUCAAGUAUUUCGCCGAUGAGGAGCAAUGGGAGGUGACCAUGGAGGAUCGAAAGUUUAUCUACGGACACUGGAAAACGUCUCGCACAAUCCGGAAGGAAAUGGUUUGCGUUUCGUGGCCCAUUUGUGGUCCGAAACUGCCGCUUGUCAAGGAACUGCCGAGCCGAUGGUACCUGGUUCGCGAGGAAACUCUAACUGGACAGUACGCCUACUAUACCUACGAUGUAGUUAAUGCAGGAAAGAGUUAUCGCUUGUCUGCAAUCCAUUUGGAUAACGGAUCGAAUGUACGGCUUAACUACGCCGCUAGCAAUCUGCUGUCCAAUUAUACGGUCAAAACAUCAGCGUACGAACAGAAUGUCUUUCUCCAUUAUGACGGUCACUCGUUGCGGGAGAUCCAACAGGAAGAUCGUACCUUGUUCAAGUUUGGCUACCAGAACGAUCGUAUGUCCAAGAUCGUCUAUCCUAACGGAGUUGAAUCGAAUUUGGAUUACAGCGAGCUGGCUAUCGAUAGAUCCCGCUUUGAGGAAGUGAUUGCAGUCGGCCUAAGUCCAACCAUCUACUACGGACCGGACUACACUGUUCUGCUGGAUCGGGAACUCGAAGAUGAUCGGAUGGUGUUAAGCAUCCACACCUUGCUCGGUGGUACCGACGGAAUGAAGGCAAAGGGAGAAAAGAUGUACUUUGGACAGCCUGGCAUCAGAAGCCACAUGAUUCAUGCUCUCGAGAAUCUGAUCGUCGUGGUGCUGAUAUACGAAUCGUGGAAGGAAGUUACAUUCGUGCAGUAUACGCGCAAGGAGUGGGUCGAGAAGAAGCAUCUGGACAAUUUUCUACUGGACGGUACGAUCGGAGCGGGAAAACGGUUCAUCGUGACGCUCGACUUGAAUCGUGUGCAAGUGUAUAUGAUUGACCACACUGGCACACUAGUUACCAGAGACAUAAUGGCUGGAGCCCUGAAGAACGUGCUCCUCCGAGCAUUCGUAAAUGGGUUUAUUUUGUACGAGAACGCGAACUCGAUGACCGUGUGGACACUGGGAUACAAUGAUCGCUGGCUGAAGGGACAGUGUACACAAAUCUCGAAUGAUAUCUUCGCAGAGGUGGAUAAGUUCAUAAGGCAGUUCGACAUAACGGAUGAAUUCAAAGGUGCGUUACAGCGAGGGCUGUUGGCUGAUGCAGUGACGGUGCAUCAGAACGCGGUCGUGAUACGGAUGCCGAUUUUGCACAACCACAAACUCGAAAUACGAACCGUUUUUCUGAUUAUGAACUUCGAUAAGCAGCCUAAGGAGGUGUUCAAAAAUACAGUCAAGUUGCCGAUAGCAAACAUGGAAACUUAUGAGUAUGAACUGCGCACAAACGAUGGCAAUCUGUUCACGAUGCACUAUCCGGUCGUGAAGGAUAAGUACACCUUAACCAUGAAGCGUGUCACAGGACCAUUGCUAAAAGAGAUCGAAGAUCAGCGUCAGGCGUCAUACAAGAAUAUUGACGCCAGCAAGGAAAAUAGUGCCAAGAAGCAGGAGCUAAAGAAGGAAGUAGAUAAAAAGCUGGCCGAAGAGCGGAUCAAUAUCAACCGAACAAUCAUCGGAAAGGUACAGUUUGCCAUUGACUUGUCGCAGUUCGGAGUACUCUCGAAUCAGCAUGGUGUAUUGACGGCCAAUCAACAAUUGUCUUUUGAUGGGCACACCUGGGUUCCGAAGCCCGUAACCCCAGCCAUGAUGCGACUCGAAGAGGUGGAUCAGAUGCUUGGCGAAGGUUUCAAGUUAGUAAAACGAGCGCACAACGACACGUUCAAGGUUUACGAGGCGCCACAAAACCGGCUGGUUUUCGAUACGAAUACGAACAACCCACAGGAAAUACAAAUAGUAGCACCACGCUACGUCCAGGCUCAGCCCUCGAAGCAACCGUUGAGCGUGUUCUUCUUUAAAACCAAAGAGACGGUGAAGCUACCGCCGAGCGAACGGAUGAAUCGUGCCAGCAAUUCGAUUGCACUGGUGACGGUGAGCAACGUGAAUGAGACGGCCAAAUAUGUUAUCUUCCGCCCGGUCGAUUCGUUCCACCUGAAGCAAACGACCAUCUUUAGCAAACAGACGCUGCGAUUGGAUCGUGAAACCACGCGCGUAACCGGUCAGGUCUACAACGCCUCGGAUGCGCACCUGUCGAGCGAGGGAGCCAUGUUCUACCGGGUAAAAGUAACGCCGGGCGAUGAUCCCCGCCGUUUCGGUUGGUACGAGCAGGCCAUCGAUACGAGCACGGGCCACACGGUGCGCAAAACAUUUGCCGCUGAUGGUACCGAUGUGACGGAGCGGGGCAAGGAGAAGCAAAAUCAGGAGCCAAAGAAGGAUUUGGUGGGGACAAUCUGGGAUCAGAGUCGACAGCUGAAGAUCGUCGAUCUGGGUGCAAUGCGACUAGUUGAUGAGGUUGUUUCGUACUACGGGUUCGAGCAAUACGAGCUGAACCAGUACGGGAAGGACAACAAGUGGAUAUUCGAUCCGAGGUACGUUGAGUACAAGUGGGAAAAUCACUACCUUUCACUACCGAAGUCUGCUUCCUUGCGGGCCACAUUCACGCCGGUGGACCCGAUCAAUAUAUUUGUGGUUUCGUGUUGGAUUUCCUUGGAUAACUCCGACACGACGGUUGGAACCGUAGUUAAUGCGGUGAAAGUGGUCGUCACCAAUUUGGCCGACAAUAGCAGGCAGACGAUUGCCGGUGCCAAAGUCCAGCACGCCGUUAUGGACUGGAGAUACGUAGAAACUAUCAUCGAUACGACCAAGUUCCCCAAAGCAGCCAAGCUUACGUUUGAUGUCACGAUAGAAACGCCCAACUCCAUGAUUAUGCUGGUCGACCACGUCCGGUUCUCGCCGCUUGACAUGAAUUUCCGAGCGAACAUCUACACGCCCGUUACGGCCGAACUACGAGCGGUACUCAACAACAAUGGGCUUCUACAACAAAGUCUGUACAGUCCUCGGGGCAAGCGGGUGGCACUCCUGUCGGAAUACGGACAGUUGGUCGACUUUUCCAUGCAUUCGAAGACCGCGUUUAGCACGCUGCUUGGAGCUCGGUCGAGUCUGUUGGAAAUGAAACCACGUCGAGGUAUGUUCGAAGGGUUUGAAGACAAAGAUUGGAGGCCCGAAGGUGGAGGUAAAUGGUCCGGAGGCUAUGGAAUGUUGAAAUACGCAGAUGCGGGACGAGGAGAAAUAGUGCGUUUAUUUUUUGAUCGGUUUGAGACAAUCGCCCUGAGGUUCCUGUACCAGUUCGAAUCCCCGCACAGCAAAUUGUCCUGCAAGUGGAGGAAGCAAGAGUUUGAAAUCAUAUGCCCGCAGCAAGUCCAGUCUUGCCGCAGACCCCCGAAGAUGGGUGAAAUUCUGCUCUUCAUCACACCUCUCCGGGUGUCCGUUUGGCUUGAAGGAAGUCUCAUUGGCGAACACUUGAUCAAGAGCACCUUUAGGCACAACGAGUUCAGUUUAGUACCGACCGGACAGUUCCAGUUCUCUGAGUGCCUGGUGAUGUUUGAUUCGCGCGCGAAACUUACCUACCACAACGCAAUGGGCCGCCCGGUGCAAGUGGUCGAGUACCUGAAUCCGCGGACAGCAAGGUUGCGGGAGAUUCUGUACGACGAAAUCGAUCGCCCUACAAUGCAGACAAAGUGGACAAAAAUGAACUACGAUCGGAACGAGUAUUUUGCGUUCAAUGAAAAUUUCGUUACCCAAGUGGAAGGCGGUAGUAAUCGGAUGGCCGGGAUUGUCUCAAAGCAACACCCGUCCUGUGACGGCUAUCCGUACUCGCAUACGGUGUACGCAAACGACCCGUCAGAAAAUAAGCAGUUCCAGGGUCUACCCGGUAAGGAGUACACUGUAAGCGGAAAGUACAAGCGACGCUACGCAAUGCGAUCGGAGAUUCUGCUACUGUCGAACCUGUUCCCGGAGAAGGCUGGCUUUCGCCAGAAGAUUGUUGAACGCCCAGGCAAGGCAAUACGGGCGACGGUGGAAGAUUUGCGUGGGAAGAAGGUGGCAAAGUUCUGGCAGGUCGGCAACUACGAUCAUCGCCUGACGACGUACGAGUAUUCGGAAACGUACGGAUAUUUAUUCCGCGAGCUUCCACCUCAAUAUCAUGCGCUUGUAAAAACUACCUCCAGGACACGUCCUUUCCAUGCUGGAGGCAACACUCAAGAAGAAAAUAGACUCAAACACCUGUGGGAGAAUUCCUACACACAGGAAGAAGGGCGGUUGGUGAUGAAACGAACACCGGAUGGAGGCAGUUACGAGUAUGUCUACAAUAAGCAGGGCAUUCUGCGCUAUACAAUUCACUACGCUACGGAAUACCGUAAGGAUAUUGAUCGCGUAAUACACUUCACAUAUGCCGCUAACGGAAAACUUACACGAGAGGCCCUGGUAAACAUGACGAUGGAGCAGUGCUACUUAAGUUUGGAAGAGGCACCACCCUCUGAAGACCUAAUCGAGACUACGUACGGUGAAGUGGACACAAAUCCACUGGUGCGCUACCGAUCGCAGCAGUCUACAAGGAGGAUUGGCGAAAAUCAUAUGAUCGAGAGUUUGAUCUUCGAUGAAAAGGAAAGGUUACUGAAAAAGAUUUUCGUAGUGCCGACAAUUAACACAACUUACUCGAUCGACUAUGAGUACGAGAACGAAAACGUGCGCUCCAUACGGUAUCCGGUAGAUUCGCCAACAUCUUCGUUCAAAUUGCUGUACGAUUAUAAUGGGCACGGCGAGGUAGCAGCUAUACGCGAAUCGACACAGCGUGAUCCUUUCUAUCAGUUUACCUAUAACGCAGAUGGAAUGAUGGAGACGAUGAAGGUGCGCACCGGAACAGCUCGCUUCUUCCAGAGAAACUUCACCUACAACGAGCCGGGAUUCUUGGUAAAGCUGGCGGAUGACUUCCUCACAGAGGAUGUGAGUUAUGUGGAGACGGAUUCGUACGGCCAAGACUCGUACACUCCAAUUUACGAGGGGCUUAUUUCGAGGACCGUCUUCACCGCACACUGGCAACGCACCGCGGGUUCGCUUCGCACGAGUAUGUAUCCGGAAGAUUUAAUCUCGAACAACAUAAGCCGGAAACAAGCAAUCGUUUGCUUCGAUGUCCUCAAACAAAAGGGAUAUCUGAACGAGAACAACGCGGUAAAUAGGACAUUCUACGGAGAGCGUGAUGAUGAUUUACCGUUUAUUUGUGGAGAUGUGAUUCCGUUGAACCAUCUGUCCACGGUGUUGAGCAGUGGGAGCUUCCCGCAUCUGUACGGCCAUCGGUACGACUACGACGAUCAUGAUCAGUUGAUUAAGGCAAAGUAUUUCCACGGAUCUGACGAGCUGCAACUGACUCCUCUCACAUACCGGUCGUUUGCAAAGGAAAUAGAUGGAAUCAAGGAGAGUGAUUCGAAAAACAUCUGGGAUGCACUGUUGGCUGAAAAAUUCUUAAGUGCGGACUGUACCAAUCCGAACCUCUGCCAUGGGCGUCCAGGACCAAAGUCGAUGUUUGGAGACUUUAUACGACAGCACCGUUAUCAUAAACACUUGCAGACGUUGUUUUCGAAGGCGAUCGUUGAACGGAAAGCGCUGACUGGGGAUGAGUUUAAUGCUCGAUGCAAAAGGUGGAUCGAGGGUUCCAACAUGGGAAAGAACGUUUGCCGGGACAUUAAGAAUUCCCUUAACAAACGCAACUUAAUAGGCAACAGUCCACAGAACUCAUUGGAUUCUUUGAGCGAAACGUUCCGUAUAGCAUUAAACAGAUACAAAAGACAAAUUCCAGAGAUAGUUCGUGUGCUUAGUCACCACUUUGCAACAGCUUUGGGACGAUCUGCAGGAGACGUCCAAUCAUACGAAAUUGAUGCCAACGGUAACCAUCGGAUGUUUUACACAGGAUUCUCGCGCUUCCGUUUGGAGUAUAGAGAUGGAACCAACCAGAUUACAAAAUUGCAUCGACUGUACUUUGAUCGAGAUCAGCGUGAAGAAGAACAUUUCAACAUGGAGCACAACAGCGAUGGUGCGGUGGUGAAGGCGGAACACAAAGGCAUCAAACAUAUGGAAUACGAUAAGAUACUGCAUCGUGUAACGAAAAUGGAGAUGACGGAUGGAAGGAAGUUAAUCUUCCAGUAUGACGUUCGUGCAGAACGUACCUUCAAGCAGGUGCGUAAUCCGGAUGGAACCGUUUCACACGAAAAGUAUUACAUUCGGGACGCGAAUGGAUUGGUACUGGUAGACAUGGAGAUGACGUACCUCGCGAAAGAUCAACCCCCAGAUGUGCGGGUCACCAGCUACAUCUACAAGGACCAACAGCUGGUUGGAUUCGUGCGCAAUGAUAAGCUGUAUGGUGUGAUAUCCGAUCACGAGGGAUCGGUUCGAUUGAUCGUGAGGGAUGGUGAGGUGGUAGCCGCAUAUGACUAUCUUCCUUACGGGCAAAUAUUCCGACGAUACGGUACUGAUUUGGACGGUCAAAUAUCGUAUCUCUACACUGGCCAAGAAUGGGAACCGGAGAUUGGGUUGUACAACUACCGCGCCAGAUUGUAUGACCCCGACAUUGGCCGGUUCUAUCAGAUGGACCCUAAGGAGCAAUACCCCAGCCCGUACGUCUACGCAGGAAACUCACCCGUGUCGCUGGUGGAUCCCGAUGGAGAAUUUGCAUUCGCAUUGGCUGUUUUUAUCAUGGCCAUAAUAGGGGCAUACUUGGGAGCGGCAUCAGCCAACAAUUGUUGGAAUCCACUGAAAUGGGACUGGCGGUCUUCAUCCACAUGGCUGGGCCUGCUAACCGGUGCUGUAACAGGUGCAUCCAUCCCUUUCAAUAUGGCCAGCUCGGUGGCAUUCUUCGUAGGACUGGGACUUUCAAUGAGUACCUCUAUCGCCAUCAUGGUCGGUGCCGGUAUUACCUUCGCAUACUUUACCAUCGCGGCCAGCAGCGGCACCUGGGAUCCGACCAAGUUCGACUUUACCAGUCCUGGCACCUGGAACGCAUUGAUGAACGGAGUCGCAACGUCAUCGUGGAUUCUAAUGAAUCCGUCCUCGCUUAUCAGCUCUUUCACCACGCUCACGUCCGUUGCUGCCAAAGCGCUGUUUAUAGUGGCGAAGGUCACGAUGAGCCUUGGCUUUACGUACCUUUUCGCCGCCAUCAGUCAGGGAGGUGAGUUCGACGUGACCAAAUGGGACUUUUCAGAUCCAGCACUAUAUAUGAGUAUCAUUGAUGGGUUCACAACCGCCACGGUGGGGUUACUGUUUGCGCGCAACGUACCAAAAAUGGCUAACAAAUGGAGUGGAAAAGUUAAGCGCACCGUCGACCUGUUCGUGAGUAACACUGCCUCAUUCCGUGCUCAUCUGGUACUCGGGCGUGACUGGUCGAGUAAGAUUAUGCUCACGAAGAACUAUCUGUACGUGAAUUUCCGUAACAUGCAAAGCCUCCAAAAGGGCUUCCUGACUGUCGGCUUCUACUCGGUGGUCUGCUCGCUACGGGUUUCGCAAAUGGUGAAUAGUCCGAUUCCAGAAUAUACGGCAGUUGAGGCGUCCAUCAAUGUGCUCUUCACGACGGAGCAGUUUUCCGAUUUCAUCGUGAAGCCAUUGUCAAAGGCAACGCCAAAGAUGAUGCUGCCAAAGCCACCGAACGUGGCGCGACUAUUACGGUUCCGUAUCCGAUCGGAAGCCAUUACACUCGGCAAUGAAUCGAUAAUAGCACCUGAUUGGUUGCAUACCCGAGCAUCGUCGGGAGCAUCUUCUUCGUUAUCGAAUGUCUUUGAACGGAUAUUAAUGUUUCCUUUCACUUGGUUGUUUGGCCAAAACACUUCAAAAGAAUCAACAUCCGGUAGUGCAAAGGUGUCAUUCCCCUCUCCGCAGUCUAAGAAGUCUGAACGAUCUUCUUACAUGUUGCGAAACUGCUACCAGCUGCGAAACGAACAACAUCCAGAUGGUAUGAUAGCGUGCUAUGGACAUCGUACCGUAGUUUCUAUUCUCCCUAAACAAGAUCUAAAACCAAAGAUCGACGGAACGGACCGCUACAAACAUUGCUUACCCCUGACGUACGACGGGAAUCCUUCGGUAUCCUGCGACGGGGAGUGGUCUUCUUUGCUGUACACGGCAAAGGAAGCGCCUAGGGUAUUCGAUUUCGUUGACGGAUGGCUUCUCCUGGCCCAGAUAGCUCCGUCCGCAUAUAAGGAGCUGAAAAAAGGCAUUACCUACCUGGUUUCGGCUAUUAAACAUCCAGAAAGAAGUAACGUGGAUGAAGAAAUCGUAUCACACCAAAAGGGAAAGCUCCAAACCAAGUUGGAGGUGCUACGCAUGCAAGUGCAAGACCGUGCUGAACUAUCGUGGGCUUGUUGGAUAGUUGAAGAUCUCAUUGAAGAUGUGCACGAUUACUUCACUCACGGCACGGGCUCGUUUGGGUUACUUAUGGACAAGGUGGAGGCUUUGGAAGAGGACGUACAUGAAAGCAUUGCAAUUCACAGUUUACAACCCACCUGCAAAGAAAUGCAUCAAACAGGAUUGAAAGCUGAAGCAAAUGAUAUUGCUAUUGUAGACAAUGUAAUGCCUUCAACGAACAAAUUAUUGCCUCCAAGCUUUGGAAGAGGAUUGCUUAGUCGUGCUUUGAACUCUUUUAGUUUGGAAGCGUCAAUUUUGAAAUAAGUAUUUAUCGUACAGUGUACAUCAAUUUUUAAAUAAUAAUUUUAAAAUUUGUCAUAUGCAAGAACUUAUCAUAUACUAGAAAUCUUU